AUUUAAUAUCUUAAUAUUAAUAAGUUCGGUCUGGCCACCAUAGACUAUUCUUCUAAUUUAUUCGUCUACGUUCUUUGAUUUAUAUUCUUCUUUAUCUUUGCCUAACUUCCAUUAACAUCAACAUGAGAAGAAUUUCGUAUGCUAAAACUAUCAUCUUUACCAUCAUAUUAUCUGCUGCUUUAAUCUUUAUUUUCUCUGCAGAUUGUAAUAUCCACAGAGAUGAUCAGAAAAUUAUACAAAUUUCAGAGGAAUUUUUAAGUCAAACAACAAUUCAGUCAACGACAAUCGGUGGCAUACAGUGGCUUUCUAGAUUAGAAGAGGUUGAUGAAGAUGUUGCUGAAUUGAAUUCCUUAGUUGCUCCAUUUAAUGUUACAGAAGAAGAAAGAAUCGAAUGGUUUCGGAAAAAUCUGCGUAAAUUCGAUAUUUUCAAGUCGAAUGAGUUAGCUCAGCGAUUUCAUACUCGAGUUCUUGAAUUUUUCGACGAAAAAUGCGAAGUUCAAUUCUUCAUGACAUGGAUUUCGCCUGUUUCGUCAUUCGGAAGAAGAGAAUUUUUGGCUAUGGAUACUCUUUUCAAGGUCAACCCUAAUGGAUGUUUAAUGAUUCUGUCAGGUUCUAUGGAUUCUACAAAAGGGUACAAAAUUCUGAAACCGUUACUGAAUCUUGGAUAUAAAGUUACAGCAGUAACUCCUGACUUACAGUUUCUGUUCAAGAACACACCAGCAGAAUCUUGGUUUCAGGAAAUGAAAAGUGGUAAUAAAGAUCCCGGGGAGAUUCCGUUAGCUCAGAAUCUUUCGAAUCUCAUCCGACUCGCGGUUAUUUACAAGUAUGGAGGUGUGUACAUCGACACGGAUUUUAUAGUUCUGAAGAGUUUUAAAGGGGUGAGAAAUUCGAUUGGAGCUCAGAGUAUUGAUCCGGUUUCUAGAAACUGGACUAGAUUAAAUAAUGCAGUUUUGGUUUUUGAUAAGAAUCAUCCACUUAUAUACAAGUUUAUAGAAGAAUUCGCGGGGACUUUUGACGGGAACAAAUGGGGUCAUAACGGGCCUUAUUUGGUGUCUAGAGUUGUCGGAAAAGUAUCAGGACGACCCGAAUUCAGAAACUUCAGAGUGUUGCCGCCAAUCGCGUUCUAUCCGGUGGAUUGGAAUAAGAUUGGAGGGUUUUUCAGGAAACCGGAAGAUCAAGCAACUUUAAAAUGGGUAAAAGCUAAACUGCUUCAGCUUAGUGGAGAGACUUAUGGUUUACACUUGUGGAACAAGCAAAGCAAUAGAAUCAGAAUUGAAGAAGGGAGCGUUAUGGCCGGAUUAAUCUCUGAUCAUUGUGUAAUUUGUGAAUAUGAUUACAGAUUUUGAAGAAAAUAAAGCAAAGUAUAUUUAAUUCAGAAUCAUAUUUCAGAGACAGAGAGGUAUUGUUCUGUUUCUUGAUUUAAUAUCUUGAUUUGAUACUCAUGUACAUACAAAUAACACCAAUAAUUUUAUUGAUUGUUUCAUUUUUGUACAA